UUCAAACAGUAAGAUUAACCCAUACCUAUCAGUAACAAUAUAUGAUACUGCUCUGAUAUUGUUAAAUUAUAUGGGAAUGGAUUCAAGCAAGAUAUGGUGGAAAUAUACCGCCACCAUUCGGCAAAUUGUUUUUGUUAAAUUUGUGCAACACACUCACACAUUUGCAUUUGACAAUAUUGAACUACAUUUUAACAGUUCGACAAAUAGUUACAUUUUGUUGGUAUUUGUAGGCGACAUUUAAUCUAGCGUUGAGUGCAGAAAAAAAAAUCGCCGUCGGAUUGCCGUCGAAGGAAAACUGUCAAGCUGAAUUGUUUACUUCUUAUUCUAAUAUUAAAACUGUUCAAGGCUUGCAAUUAAUUUAUAAAAGUCGAGUUAAAAUUAAGUUUACAAAACAGCAAUUCACAUAAAAAAAUGACAACUGCGAUCGACCCAGAACUGCGCACCAAAAAUCGAUACCGCUUGCCGGAUGGAGGAGGAAUUCACCAAACUGUACAACGAAAAAGUAGACAAGAAGCGGCAUCAGAUGACCCGGCUCUACAUGGACAACGGUUUGCUGGUGUGGAACGGAAAUGGUGCCAACGGGAAGGACAACAUCCAGAAGUACUUCCAGGAACUGCCCCGCUUCGAACACAUUAUGAACACCCUGGUCGCUCAGCCGAUCAUUGGCGACACUGUGCCCUCGCAGCUGACGUUCAUCGUCAAGGUUUCGGGAACGGUCAUCUUCCAGGACAAUUCUACCAAACAUUUCUAGAAGAC